CGAGGAGUUUGCUAUUUUAUAUAUAAAUCAACAAAACACUACAAAACAAAAGAAUCCGAAAGAAACUUCAUAUGGCCAUUAUGCAUUGCCCAUUAGCAAUGACAUUGUAUAUAAAAUAUUGUCAAAAUCAUAAUCGGGAAACAUUACGCGAUAUUUAUAAUCAAUAUGAUGAUUAUUAUUCUCAAGCACUUUGGUUUAUUAAGGAAAGUUAUCAGAAUUCUACUUCAAGGGAUGCAAUGUUACAAUCUGCAUUAGAUCAUUUUAAAUUGAGCAAGCACGAUGCAAAUUCGUGCUUGAUAGACGAACAGAUAAAAUUAUUAAGGUAUCAACGUUCCUUGGAAGAAACUUUACACGAAUCUGUAGUUGGAAAACCACUUCAUGAUACAGUAAAAGUUUUACUUUUACACAAUGAAAUUAAAUUAGCUGAUAAAUUAAGAUCAGAAUAUAAGUUUCCAGACCGAAGAUACUGGUGGUUACGAAUACAAUGUUUGGCUGAGCAAGGAUUAUGGAAUGAGUUAGAAAAAUUUUCCAAAUACAAAAAAUCUCCAAUUGGAUAUGAGCCUUUCAUGGACCAGUGUUUGAAAUAUAAAAAAGAAUUAGAGGCAAAAAAAUAUCUUCCUCGGAUUAAGGAUGAAUUGAAAGUUAAAUAUUUUGUGAAACUGGAUAUGUUACUAGAAGCUGCUCAAACUGCCUUAGAGCAUAAAGAUUUAGCUGCUAUUACUUUUGUAUUAGCCCGAUGUAAUAAUAGAAGAUUGCAAGAAAAAAUCGGUGCUAUGGUAGCAAGUCUUAGAAAUGGAAAGUGAAUUUAAUUUUGAAAUAAAAAUUUUGGUUCAGUUAA